AAUUGUCUGAAGUGGGACCCACAACACAGUAUUGGGCCCAUGAAGCUUAAUGGGCCCUUUCAGUCCUCACACACUUUCCAAGAAGAUACAGAAACUCUCACAUCAAUUUUUUUCCUAUAUAAACUCUUUUCCAUUUUUGUGGGGUCUAUCAAAAUCAAAAUUCAUCCCUAAAGCACAAGGUACUACUUUUCCCUCCAUUCAAAACAAACCCUAAAAAUGGGUUCAGAAAUAGUUAUUUCCGGUGCAAUCUCCGGCGCAGGAAACGAUAGUGUUAAUUCAGAAGCAAAUGACAAAACUGCCCUUGCAGUGGUUCCGACGAAGAAGAGGAAUGCGUUAUCCGUUUCAUCCAGCAAAGACAGACAUACAAAGGUCAAUGGAAGAGGACGGCGCGUAAGGAUGCCGGCGUUAUGCGCGGCGCGUGUUUUUCAAUUAACGAAGGAACUAGGUCAUAGGACUGACGGAGAAACGAUAGAGUGGCUUCUCCGUAACGCUGAACCAGCAAUCAUCGCUGCUACAGGAACAGGUACGAUUCCGGCGACUCAAGUCACUACGACGUCGGAAAACAUACCGUUGUCUCAGUCACAACCGUCGGUUUUAGCUCCGUUAACACGAGCUACGCCGGUUUCUGGAUUUCCGGUAGGUGGUGGAUUUUUCUCUAUGGCUCAGCAAUCGCAGCCGAAUUGCCGGCUUGAUUUGUGCCAACCGUCGUUGGAAUUUUCCGGCAAUGCGUAUCGACAUAUGCCGUUUACGGCGUUGCUUUUACAGCCGGUGACCGCCGAUGAGGGCGAGGAUAAAGUUGCCGGAGAAGAUGGGAAACAGUAGAGAUAUGGAUAAGUUUUAAUCCUUAUCUUUUUGUUUUUGUGCUAUAGACUAAUGGCAGCUUUUUUUGGACUAAAUGUGUCAGUUACUAGACUUUUGUGGGUCCCUUUUUGCUAUAUCUAAAAGAUUGGAAGGAUCAAAAGAGGGUCCAACUUUUUGGGUUUUGGGGAAUUUAGUAAAAUAGGUUAAUUUAGGGGUUAAAUGUUAAUUUUUUAUAUAUAUAUUUUAUUAGUAGUAACUCUCUUUUUGUAUUUGUAAAAAAAAAUAUUAUUGUUCAUGGAUAAGGAAGUUGUUACAUUUACUCAAAAUGUAAUGUUCUUUGAAUCU